UUGCGGCCUGGGCCUGGCUGAGGCCUGGCUGAGGGGAGGAGAGGGCUGAUGCUGAACUUCGGCAGAAUCGCCUCACGCUACAGAAAUACUCCGGAUAUGUUCCGACCUAAAGUUACCCUUAAAGACCGCCAGCACCUUUACCGACUGAUUAUCAGCCAGCUCCUGUAUGAUGGGUACACUAACAUUGCAUCAAACCUGAUGAACGAGAUUAAGCCACAUUCAAUAUGUUCUCCCUCCGAGCAACUGUUGCAUCUUGCCAAACUUGGAAUGGAAAAUGACGACAACACAGUUCAAUAUGCUAUUGGGAGAUCGGACACUGUGGCCCCUGGGACAGGCAUUGACAUGGAGUUUGAUGCUGAUGUUCAGACCAUGUCCCCAGAGGCUGCUGAGUACGAGACGUGCUACGUCACAUCACACAAGGGACCUUGUCGAGUUGCCACCUACAGCCGAGAUGGACAGUUGAUUGCUACAGGUUCAGCUGAUGCUUCCAUUAAGAUUUUGGAUACUGAGAGGAUGCUAGCAAAGAGUGCUAUGCCCUUAGAGGUUAUGAUGAAUGAGACGGCACAGCAGAACAUGGAGAAUCACCCUGUAAUCCGCACACUGUACGAUCAUGUGGAUGAGGUCACGUGCCUUGCUUUCCACCCCACGGAACAGAUAUUGGCUUCGGGUUCAAAGGACUACACACUGAAGCUGUUCGACUAUUCCAAACCUUCAGCCAAAAGGGCUUUCAAGUAUCUCCAGGAAGCAGAAAUGCUGCGUUCCAUCUCCUUUCAUCCUUCUGGGGACUACAUCCUGGUGGGCACUCAGCAUCCUACACUGCGCUUGUAUGACAUCAAUACUUUCCAGUGUUUUGUUUCGAGCAACCCUCGUGAUCAGCACACAGAUGCCAUCUGUGCUGUCAGCUACAACCCCAGCGCCAACAUGUACGUCACGUGCAGCAAGGAUGGCAACGUCAAGCUUUGGGAUGGCGUGUCCAACCGCUGCAUCACCACCUACGAGAAGGCGCACGAUGGAGCUGAGGUCUGCUCCAUCAUGUUCUCAAGAAAUUCAAAAUAUGUUUUGUCAAGCGGCAAGGAUUCUAUCGUGAAACUGUGGGAGAUAUCGACUGGCCGUACAAUGGUCAAAUACACAGGAGCAGGACUGAGUGGCAGACAGACCCAUCGCACCCAGGCUGUCUUCAACCAUACGGAGGAUUAUGUGCUGCUCCCUGACGAAAGGACCAUCAGCCUCUGCUGCUGGGACUCGCGAACAGCUGAACGGAAGAACCUGCUGUCUCUAGGGCACAACAACAUUGUUCGCUGCAUAGUCCACUCUCCUACCAAUCCUGGUUUCAUGACCUGCAGCGAUGACUUCAGAGCUAGAUUCUGGUACAGAAGAUCCAGCACAGAUUGAGGACUUCCACUGCUCUAUGACAUGAGGUUAAACCACAGGAAACAUACAAGGGAAGGAAUUGCAGAGCAGUUUAGGAAGUUCUUUCAAACCCUCUAAUCUGCACCAUCUUCCUUCUCUGCCAUGAUAAAAUGUUGAAUAGCUUGGCAUCGGGCAACUGAAUUUACUACAAAUCGCCAGUGUGCCAUUUGCUCACAUGUAAUCCCAUCAGUUUCCACGUGAGGAUCAUUGAUAAUUCAGGUUGUUGUAAUUUAACUUUUGUCUUGAAAGUAUUCUUAAAGUGAAAUCACAUUCUGAGAUGGUAAAAAAAACACAAUUGACUUGUUUAUUUUUCAUACGUUUUGGUCGAGUUUUACUCUAAUUGAAAAUCUCUUUGAGAGACAUUUACUCAACUGUGUGCGGUCAUUGAUGAUAGCCCAGAUUUAGGCCAGAGGGCUGCUGUAUAUUUCCCAGAACAUCCAGUGUAAUAAGAUGAGCAGCUUCAGGUAGGAAUGGAGAGAAAGUUAAAAAUGGCAGCCCCGUAAAGUACUGACAGGGAUUUUGCAAAUCAUAGUUUUCUAAAAGCUUUAGAUCCAGGUGUUGUGACAAAUUACUUGACUGAGUUGAACUUUGUACACAUACUUAUGUUUUUACACAUUUUCCUCACAGCCACCAGUCACCUGUCAGAAGUUUGAUGUACCUGUUAUUUUCUUCCUGUUUUUAAAAAAUAAAAGAACAAAUCGUG